AUGUUGGAGAGGUUGGCUGGACAUUCACACUACUGCUUCCUUUAUGGAUACUCGGGCUACAAUCAGAUACUUGUCGCACCGGAUGAUCAAGAGAAGACCACUUUCACUUGCCCCUACGGUACUUUUGCAUAUCGUAGGAUGCUUUUUGGUCUUUGCAAUGCUCCAACCACAUUUCAGAGGUGUAUGAUGAGAUGCAAGGAGACUAAUCUAGUUUUAAAUUGGGAGAAAUGUCACUUUAUGGUACAGGAAGUUAAAGGGGUUCGCAGCUUCUUGGGGCAUGCGAGGUUCUACAGGAGAUUUAUAAAAGAUUUCUCGAAGAUCACUAAGCCGCUAUACAAUUUGCUAAUGAAGGACGUAACCUUUGAGUUUAAUGAAGAAUGUCUCACAGCAUUCAACACUUUAAAGGAGAAGCUCACGAUAGUACCAGUAAUUGUGGCACCAGACUGGGAACUACCUUUUGAAUUGAUAUGUGAUGCCAAUGAUCACGUUGUGGGUGCAGUAUUAGGACAGCGGAGGAACAAGAUUUUUCAUGCGAUCUACUAUGCAAGCAGAACUAUAAAUGAUGCGCAAAUCAAUUAUGCCACCACUGAAAAGGACCUUUUGGCCGUGAUACGAGACAAGAAGAGUAGUGAGAAUGUAGUAGCGGAUCACCUAUCCCGAUUAGAGCCUGGGGAGACAGAAGAAUUAGUGGAUAUCAAUGAGAUCUUCCUAGAUGAGCAGAUAUUGAGAGUAGAUGAAGCACCUUGGUAUGCAGAUAUCGCGAGGGCUGAUCAGAUAGUAAGGAGAUGCAUACCUGAGGAAGAAGUACAUGAGAUUCUCGAGCACUGUCGUUCAUCUGCAUAUGCGGGACACUUUGGGGCUUCGAAAACAGUUGCAAAGUUUCUACAAUCAGGGUUCUACUGGCCUACACUGUUUAGAGACGCCUUUAAGUUUGUCAAGAGAUGUGACAGAUGUCAAUGCAUUGGGAAUAUCUCGAGGAGGAAUGAAAUGCCAUUGAAUAACAUUUUGGAAGUAGAGAUAAUCGAUGUUUGGAGAAUUGACUUCAUGGGACCUUUUCCCCCGUCGUUCUCAAAUCAGUACAUCUUGGUAGCAUUGGAUUACGUAUCAAAAUGGAUGGAUACUGUUGCAUUGCCAACAAAUAAUUCAAACGCAUUUGAGCAGCUGUUGAAUAAAUAUGGCGUUAAACACCGUGUUGCUACCCCAUAUCAUCCACAAACGAACAGGACAGCAUUUAAGACACCGAUAGACAUGUCUCCAUACCGCCUAGUUUUUGGGAAAGCUUGCCAUCUGCUACUAGAAAUGGAGCACCGGACAUAUUGGGCUAUGAAACAGUUGAAUAUGGACUUGAGUGUCGCCGGAAAACUACGAUCAAGGUGGUCAAGUCCUUACACUGUCAUGAAGGUCUUACCAUAUGGAGCUAUACAAGUUAGCCAUGAAACUAAGGGUACCUUCACUGUUAAUGGGCUAAGACUGAAACACUACUGGAGCGAUUAG